AUGGGAAAUAGCUACUCCACCCCAGCGGACAUCACGUCGCGGGACAUGCAGCGCUGGCGUCGCGACGGCCGCCCCGUCCUGGUCGACCAACAGCGCCGCCGCCAGAGUCCUGGGGGUCGGUACCGCGACGAGCGGAACCUGCGGAUCGUGCGUGACAACUCGCGCAAUAGGUUCGAGUCAGACGACACGCGCUGGUGGGGAGGCAGUUCCGGGUGGCAUCACCGCCGCGACGGCGCGUCGCCCCCGUUGCGCACCGGCGGGAGGAGCACCAGGAGGCACACCGAUGCGGGCUCUGCGCCUGCUUUCCGCGCCCGGCCGGAUUGGAGAUCUGCUGAUGACAUGUUCGGUGGUGCCGAGACCGUCUAUCACGGCUGGCAGGGGGGUUCGCGGUUCUUUGAACGCGGUGGGCGCGCUGAGCGACGAACAGGCUCCGCCGUGGUCGUCGAGGAAGAAGAUUGGUUCGGGUCGGCUCCUCAGCGCUUCACGUCGUCACGAGGUUCUGGUGGUCAUCGCUCCAUGCCGCAGUCCUCAUUCCGUGGUCCGUGGUGGCACGACGCCCAUCCCCACGACUAUCGCGGCGGCCAGGGAAUGCCUCGACGACGAUCCAACACUCAUCACGGCGGUGCAUACAUGUCAGGAGGGCUGGGGAGGGGAGAUCCGAUGGGAGGUGCAUGGGGAGGACAAGAGAGAGCUCCGGAGAGAGGACGCGUCGGGUUCAGACCAGACUGGCCGCUCUUGGGGGAUGGGAGGGCUGACGAUUGA